GACGAAUGCUCGCCGAAGCGCCAUACUGGAAAGACUGGUUCUGUAUCAAGGCCGCUGCUAUAACCGGAGGUUAUGAGCUGGGACUUAGUAAGACAUUAUUGCAUAAGUUGGCUACGAGUUGCGACAUCUCGACACAAGAACAAACUAUAUAGAAAAAGGGAACUGAGACAAGUUUGGCACCCUGACAGAAAUCCACGCACUACUGACAGCUACCAUCCCAGUCAACCAUGAAAAAGGGCGGACACAGUCGCCAUGUUUUCGUCUGAGGAUUUUUCCUGGAAAUCAUGACUAACAGCUGACGUCACUCGUCCGUAAGGAUUCCGUGGAAGCCGACAGAAAAUCAAUCGCAAAUUCGAUACGCUGAAAAAAAAAUUGGCUCAGUACAGGGCUAAGAGACCACUUCUAGGUACUAGACUAAGGUGAGGUUACUGGAGCAGCAUCUCUUCUUCCUAAGCCAGAAAAAUCAGUACUGAAGACAACCUGGACUAAUUCAAUAGAGAGGACUAAUUCAAUUGGAGGAGCAUUCCGUACUAAGUAUCAUCUGUACAGCUUAGAACAUUGUAUGUCAUGUGAGUUUCAAUGGGGAACCCCAUGUAAAACUCUAUGUGAGACACUGAUGGAGAGCUGACAAAACAAACAAACAAACAAACAAACAAACAAACAGACAAGCAUGGCAGACGUGACUUACAUCGCGAACAUUUCCCGAUGCUGCAUAUCAGCAGUCGGGAUGCUGGCGAAUCUGCUGAUACUGUUCAUCGUGGCGCGUUACGCCCCCUUGCGGACCAUCCACAAUCUGUACGUGGCAAACCUCGCAGUGGCAGACUGCUGUUUCUGCAUGUUUGUAAUAGUCCAGGCUGCAGUGUCCAUCAGGUACAGACAUCUACAGAGCGUUCUGGUGGACAUGGUUGAUGAGCAUUGCCGGCAAUCGGGGGACAUCAACUCUACUGCAAACUUCACUACCGUAAGUUUGACCGACUUUGAGUCGGAUGUUCUGGAGCUGACCAACUGCACGGAGGUCCGUGUGGAUGAGGAGAGCUUCUCGUUGCUAGGCGACGUGGAGGAGGAUUACGUCAUCGCGCGGCUGGUGAGUGACAGGAGCUGUGACGUAGGCCGCGUCAUCGCCGUGUUCCUGGCGGCCUCCAGCAUCUUUCACCUCAUCGCGAUCGCGUGUGAGCGCUACCAGGCGGUCACCAAACCGUUUACACACAGGUUCAACACCACGGCCAGGGGCGCCGCAAAAACUUGCGUCAAAAUCUGGAUCGGGGCGUUUUUAACAGCUGUUCUGGACACGGUGGAGCGAAACAUCAUCUCACGAGACUGGACUUUUUCCUACAAAAGUCUGUACGAGUGCGUGUACCUAAAACCAGACGAUCCGGACAGUGGGUAUCCGUACAGAGCGCUACAGUUUAUCAUAUUCAUAAUCUCGUAUAUCGUACCAGCCUGUAUACUGAUUCCGGUAUAUGCCAUGAUAUUCUAUACUUUACGACGGCAGCGGCGCAAGUUUGCGACAGGUCGCCAAUCGGUAACCCGUUUUGCGGCAAGACGCAUGACGUCAAAGCACCACGCCAUCCCCAUGCUUUUCAUAGUUACAGUCUUCUUUUUAGUCUGUUGGUUGCCGUUUCAUAUAACAUCCUUUUCUAUCCACUCGUACGCUGACGGACAGAAUAUUGCAGUGGUGUAUGUGGCUACAGCACUUGCCGUGUUAAACUCGGUUAUAAACCCAUUUCUGUACGCGUUCAUAGGCAGAAACUUUCGGAAGCACAUCGCGAAGUUGUUCUGCAGGAAAACCCUACUGUCGUCUGGUUCUGAUAGGACCAACAUGAGGAUGUCAAACUUGUCUGUUUUUACUUCCAGAAAUUCUGGAAUUAGCAACGGAACCGAAACAACGACAGCCUAGAUGUCUUUUUUUUA